AUGCAGCGAAAGGAUCCUUUGGCAACGCAGAUAUGGAAACUGUACUCGCGGACCAAAUCGCAAUUGCCCAAUCAAGAGCGCAUGGAGAAUCUGACCUGGCGGAUGAUGGCCAUGAGUCUGAAGCGGCAGGAAAGAGAGCGAGCAGAGCAUCGUCUUUCCGUCCAGCAGGCGCCUAAGAAGCCCGCUCCUAGUGGAAUCGCUCAACUUCGCCAGGCCAGCCUGGGCAAUGCCGCCGCGGAUUUCAUGAACCUCGACGAAUUCAUUGUGCCUUCCUCGAUUGGCUCGCCUGCUGGCAUCGAGGAGUCGUCUCCUACUGCUACCGCCGACAACAACAGCAACAGCAACAGCAACAGCAACUCGCAAUCGGCCGCUCCCUCGGGCAUUCCCAUCAAGGGCCGCAAGGACCAGCACCUAUCGCACAAUCCCCUCGUUCCUGCGUCUUUGCCCCAUCCCCCACAGGACCUGCGUCGCAACGACGAGUUUGGUUAUGUGCAGCGUCGUGUGCGGAAGACUAGUGUAGACGAACGCAAGGCACCCCGCAAGCGACCCGCGGAGUUUUCCCCUCAAGUCAUUCCAACGUCCAAUCUACUGGGACAGCAUAAUGACCACGAACUGGACACUGCCAUGAUGCCAGACUACAGCCUGGACCAGCCGCAUUCCGCCUUCCCCUCCAAUAAUCAUACCUCUCCCGGCGUUCCCUUCAAUCUCGAUACUUUCCACCUCAACGACCAUCUCAAUGAUGACCCGAUCCUGACUUCUGCCGGACCCUUCCAGCAGAACUUUGCCUUCUCACCCACCGAGUCGCCCCUGGUGACCUCGGGUCCUUUCAGUCAUGUCUAUGCCCAGACUCCUCCCAUUGGAUCGUCGCUGAACUCGACCGAUUUCUACUCCCCCCCUCCGUCUGGCUACCAGUCUACGGCCUCAACCCCGCAGCCCACAUAUGAGGGGGAGCACUCCAUGUACUUUGACCAAAACUCUAUGGAUGCCCGUGUUCAGCGUCGAGUGCCAGUCUAUGCCGCACCUCAUCGCACGUCCAAUCUCACUGCUUCUCUGCAACCUCGAUACAUGUUUAACGGGAAAAAUGACUCUGCCAAUAAUGCUCCCUCAGCCGCUACCGCCUAUAACACAAUGAGCGGUCCGCCUUCCAACAUCCCGUCCCCCGGCUUCGCUUCAGGUCAACAGCACGUUGAUCCGUCGUCCGUCAUUGGACACAAUGAGUUCUCGGCUCCUCCUUCCCAUCACAACCUGAACCUCACAAGCAGCGAGAACAUGUUCACAUUUGGAGCCGACUCGGACAACGAAGACGAAGAAGGCGCUACUUUCAAUGAUCACAACCUCGCCAUGCAGACCGAUUUUCAAGGCAUCGAUGAUAUCUCUGCUGACAUGUCCACGAGCUUGCAAUGGGAUGCUCAGAUUGCCAGUCACUAUGGCUCCAUGCCCAACUUUUCAGGCAUCAACCACACCAGAAUGGGAGAUCUCAUGGACCAAUCUCACGAUUGGGAAAGUGGAAGUCUCCCGCACAGCCAGGCCCUCAGCAGCCAUGAUCUCCGAAGACCAAAACUUGCUCGCGCUAUUUCUACCCCAAACACAGAUCACCUGGCCAUGCAGGGCAUGCAGUCGCCAAAUACCCCGCCUGAAUCGGGAUUCAGCAGCGCCGUGCCAUCGCGUCCGGUCAGCCCGGGUGGCACAAAGCCAGGUGACCAAGGUGCCCCAACUACCUGCACCAAUUGCUUCACCCAGACGACACCUCUCUGGCGACGGAAUCCUGAGGGCCAGCCGUUGUGCAAUGCUUGUGGUCUUUUCCUGAAGCUACACGGCGUGGUGCGACCUCUUUCGCUCAAGACUGAUGUCAUCAAGAAGCGCAAUCGGGGCGGUGGUAACAACCUCCCUAUCGGAGUGUCGUCUGCUCGGUCCAAAAAGAAUUCCCGGAAGAACUCCGUACAGCAGACUCCCGUCAUCACGCCACCAGGCUCAAGCAAGCAGCAGAGCGCUAAUGCUUCUGAAUCGCCGCCAUCAAUCUCAGGCUCUACUGUUUCGGCCACAGGAUCAACUGGUGUUGGUGGUUCUGUCAAGAGUGGUGUUGUCCCAAUUGCAGCAGCUCCACCGAAAACCACCCCAUCAACUGGUGCCCAAGCUAGGGCUGUCCAGGUUGCUCCCAAGCGUCAGCGACGGCUUGACAAGGACUCGAUAGGCUCACUCGCCAGCAUCCAGGCCAGUCUGUCUCAAGACAGCCCAGAAACAAACGGCAGCGAUGAUAUGAGCAUAGAUAAUAUGAACAACAACAACAAUAACAAGGCCAGUGCUGGGCCCUCGGCCGGUGCACGAUCCAAGAAUGUGCCACUAGCACCAGCCAUGCCGCCGGCGGCGACGAAUCCGGCCCAUCACAGUCUGGCUGCGGGAUCCGGCCAGACAGCCAGCCAGGAGUGGGAAUGGCUGACAAUGAGUUUGUAG